AUGAAUGGAAUGAGAGUUGUUUUAGUCUUUGCUCUUAGUAUUGGUGCUCUUGUAAUAUACUUCAUAGAUUCGUCAAACCCAAUAGAAUCUUGCCAGAAUUUCUACAAAGAUUUCACGUUACAGAUAGACAUGGCUUUCAAUGUGUUCUUCCUGCUCUACUUUGGCUUGCGUUUCAUAGCAGCCAAUGACAAGCUAUGGUUUUGGCUGGAAGUAAACUCUGUGGUUGAUUUCUUCACUGUUCCUCCCGUGUUUGUUUCAGUGUAUUUAAACAGAAGUUGGCUGGGUUUAAGAUUUUUGCGAGCUCUUAGGCUGAUUCAGUUCUCAGAAAUCUUACAGUUUCUGAAUAUUCUUAAAACAAGUAAUUCCAUCAAGUUAGUGAAUCUGUGCUCAAUAUUUAUUAGCACAUGGCUGACAGCAGCUGGAUUUAUACAUUUGGUGGAGAACUCAGGGGAUCCUUGGGAAAACUUCCAAAAUAACCAAGCGCUUACAUACUGGGAAUGUGUUUAUUUGCUAAUGGUUACUAUGUCCACGGUUGGCUAUGGAGAUGUUUAUGCAAAAACAACACUUGGUCGUCUUUUCAUGGUUUUCUUCAUCCUAGGGGGAUUGGCCAUGUUUGCCAGUUACGUCCCUGAAAUCAUAGAAUUAAUAGGAAACCGCAAGAAAUAUGGUGGUUCCUAUAGUGCGGUUAGUGGAAGAAAGCAAUGUUUGCGCGCUACGUGCCAGAAAUUGCUGCUCUCAUCCUUAAUCGGAAGAAAUACGGCGGAACUUAUAAUUCAACCCGAGGCAGAAA